AUGCGAGGAUGGCUGCAGUCUUUCGUCAGAGGGACUUCUGCCCUUCGCGCAGCGACGUUUCGCAUACCUCAAUACCCUAGGGUCUUCCAAGUUCGGCCCUUCUCGCACACCUCCCCUUUCGCCAAAGCCGCCACACCCACCGAACUCGAGCAGCGCAUUGCUGCAAUCCCGAUUGAGCGCUUUCGCAACUUCUGCAUCGUCGCCCACGUCGAUCAUGGCAAGAGCACUCUCAGUGAUCGCCUGCUAGAGCUGACCGGGACUAUCGAGCCUGGCUCCAAUAAGCAGGUCCUGGACAAGCUGGACGUGGAAAGAGAGCGCGGCAUCACUGUCAAGGCGCAGACAUGUUCCAUGUUGUACAACUACAAGGGCGAAGACUACCUGCUGCACCUGGUCGAUACACCCGGCCAUGUCGACUUUCGUGCAGAGGUCUCUCGCAGCUACGUCAGUUGUGGUGGUGCACUCCUUCUGGUUGAUGCCAGCCAAGGUGUUCAGGCGCAGACCGUCGCCAAUUUCUAUCUGGCUUUUGCACAAGGUCUAGAGCUGCUGCCUGUGAUCAACAAAGUCGACCUUGCACAUGCGGACCCGCCCCGAGCGCUGCAACAGAUGAAAGACAUGUUCGAGUUAGACACCACCAACGCGGCGCUCGUGUCUGCCAAGACCGGUCUCAAUGUCCCUGCCAUCCUGCCAGCAGUGAUUGAGAAUAUUCCUGCACCCACUGGUGACAGCGAUGCCCCUCUCAAGCUCUUCCUCGUCGAUUCCUGGUACAAUCAAUUUAAGGGUGUCGUCCUGCUCGUGCGCAUCUUCGAAGGACAAGUUCGUGCCGGCGACCAACUCAUCUCCCUCGCCACAGGGUCCAAAUACUUCGUCGGCGAAGUUGGCAUCAUGUACCCCGACGAAACACCCCAGAAGACCCUCCGCGCCGGCCAAGUCGGCUACAUCUACUUCAACCCGUCCAUGCGCCGUGCCAAAGAAGCCAAGAUCGGCGACACCUACACGCGUGUCGGUCUCGAAAAGUCCGUCGAAAUGCUGCCCGGCUUCGUCGAGCCACAACCCAUGGUCUUCGUCGCCGCCUUCCCCGUCGACCAGUCUGAGUUCGAACGCCUCGAAGACGGCAUCAACCAGCUCUGCCUCAACGACCGCAGCGUCACCAUCCAAAAAGAGUCCUCCAUUGCGCUGGGCGCCGGCUUCCGCCUCGGCUUCCUCGGCACCCUGCACUGCUCCGUUUUCGAAGACCGCCUUCGCCAAGAACACGGCGCUAGUCUCAUCAUCACUCCACCCACCGUCCCCUUCCAACUACAGUACCGGGACGGGCACACCGCCAUCAUCACCAACCCAGCCGACUUUCCCGACGACGAUGUCGCGCGCAAAGACGUCGUCGAGCUGCGGGAGCCGUACGUCCUAGCCACCCUCACCUUCCCUGACGAGUACUUGGGCCGUGUCAUCGAGCUCUGCGAGUCCAACCGCGGACAACAAGUCUCCCUAGAGUACUUUACCUCCGCCCAAGUCAUCCUAAAAUACACUCUUCCCCUCUCCCAGCUCGUCGACGACUUUUUCGGCAAGCUCAAAUCCGCUACCAAGGGCUACGCUACCCUCGACUACGAAGACGCGGGCUACAAGCCCGCGCAAAUCGUCAAGCUCCAGCUGCUAGUAAACAAGGAACCAGUCGACGCAGUGGCCCGAAUCAUGCACGCCUCCCAAGUCCGACAUACGGGAAAGCGCUGGGUAGAGAAAUUCAAGGAGCAUGUUGAUCGGCAGAUGUUUGAGAUCACGAUACAGGCGGCGGUGGGGAGACAGAUCGUGGCGCGGGAUACGGUGAAGGCGUUCAGAAAGGAUGUACUGCAGAAACUACAUGCGGCAGAUAUGGGCCGGAAGAAGAAGUUGUUGGAGAGGCAGAAGGAGGGGAGGAGGAAGUUGAGGGCCGUGGGGAAUGUUGUUAUUGAGAAUGGGGCUUUUCAGGCUUUUUUGGCGAAGGAUGGGCGGUGA